CCAGUGUUACAUCUUUUCUAGUACGCGGCCGUCACCAUACAAGAUCGCUCGCAACCGCGCAGCCCGUCGAAUAAAAGAAUAUUUUCAUCGAGAUUGGGGCCGCGAUACAGUGCGCAGUGCAACAGUGUGAGUGAAGUUCGACCUGUGAAGCUCAGCUCAGAGCGCUUUCCACGCAUUCCAAAAGUGAUGUGUAUUAGAUAGUGUAAAGAAACGACCUCGUUUAUCCCUAAUUCGCCGGACGCGAGUCAGGCCUGGCUUUCUAUCGGGCGCAUAGGACUAUCGACACGCCGAAUCGAUGAGGAGCCGCGCUCGGCCGGAAUGACAGCUCACACAUUGAUCGAGCCCAAUACAAGCCAAUGGUGAUUGGAUGACGAUCUCAGCUCGCUCCCCGGACAAGGAGCCCUCACCACCCAAGCAGAUCAACUUUGCGGAACCACUGGUCGACUCAGUGCGCGUGUACCUCGCCAAUGAGCUGCCUGCCAAGCAGCUAGCGUUGGUGCCGUGCGCGCCCUCGCCGCCCUCACCACCUACGCCUCCGCUGCUGUGCCAUGUUGACAUAGCUACCAACACCGCGCGUGAGGAAAUCAAGGGCAUUAAUUUUGAGGCGCGCCUCAAACGGAAUGACCUAAACAACAACGCAUCGCGGCACCAAAGCGAAAGCAGAAGAGACAUGCCAAGCCAAGCGGAGUUAAUGCAGCGACAGCCGCUGUUGGCACGCACAGUCAAGACGGACGUGCCACAGCCUACUACUGAUGAGUCUGAUCCGGACCAAGAUCACUCCCCUCAGCGCGCUCAUGCUGGCGAUUUCAUGGUGGAGAUACCACCCGGCACAGUUCGCGAGGAAAGAUAUCCCAAAGAAAUAUGGAAGACAAUAUUAUCUUUCUUUUUUCUAUUUUUAUGCGUAUGUGUUAACAUGAUGUCACUGUCUUUAGUACACGAGCGGCUUCCGGAUAGAAACACAACGCCACCUCUGAACGAUAUUGUGCUCGACAAUAUAACCGCGCGGGACUGGGGUCUUGCUGUGUCAGAAUACUUGAUCAUGAUAUCUACGACGGUUGCCAUGUUAGUCGUCGUCUUCCAUAAACAUCGAUUUAUCGUCGCCCGACGACUAUUCUUUAUAAUCGGCCUACUGUAUCUAUACAGGUCAGUCACUAUGUUUGUGACCGUACUGCCUGUUUCCAGUACCACCUAUUAUUGUAGUCCUAAAAGUAACAACACAACACCGCUGCUCGUUAUCAGAAGAAUGUUUUAUUUGAUAUCUGGCUUCGGCCUGUCUAUUAAUGGAAAGCAUACAUAUUGCGGAGAUUAUAUAUAUUCAGGACAUACGAUGGUGUUAGUGUUGAGUUACCUAAUCGUAGCAGAAUACUCACCGAAGAAGCUAUGGCCGGUACACUGGGCGAUGUGGGGCUCAGCUCUUCUCGGCGUAUCGUUCGUGCUGCUGGCGCACGGUCAUUACACGGUAGAUGUUGUAAUCGCGUACUACGUAACUACGCGAUUGUUCUGGACGUUCCACUCGUUGCUCGUUACACCGCAUCGCAGCGGCAACGGUUACAAUCACUACAUGAUACAGCGUGAAUGGUGGUACUGGCUAUUCACGUACCUGGAGAGAAACGUGCGCGGGCCAGUUCCGCGACGCUACGACUGGCCGCUGCCCUGGCCACGCACCAAGCUAUUCAGCCGGCUCAGCUAGUGACGCGCUCGCCCGUCGUCGCCGCCACCGGAACGCGUAUGACGCUCACCUUUUGGGAGUGCCGCUUCAGCACCUGCAGCUCCUUGGGGCUGGUCCGCGUGCAGAUGGCCAGCGUGAGCGUAUAGUCGAACUGGUGCACGAUCAGAUUCAGGUAGACGGUCUCCUCCCAGUCGAUCUCCGGGUCACCGAUGGGCAACUUCUUGGAGUCUUUGCGAAACACCUCCACGUCCGUCUGCGAACAAACCGGCCGACCGGGCGGCGGGUGAGCCGGUGAAGCUUGGAAACCGUGUGCGGUCUGUGUGUCAAAUGUGAUAACCUUAUACCUAUUGCAAACUAUUCUUAAUCGACGACUUCGUAAGCUUUUAUUGUUAAAUAGAUUUAAGAUUCGAUUUUCAUUUGACAAAGAACAAUAAUAAUCGAUCAAUUACGUACUAUCAAAUGUUGUAAAUUUUUUUGUUUUAUAAAUUGUAUAUUUUAUAAGUGGUUAUUGAACAGUCUCGAGUCUAACUAAAAAAAAUAAUAUUUAUUAACAAAAUAUACUGUGAUUAGUUUUUGAUGUGCGUUGAGUGCGAGUUCGAGAGAAUAUGAACGUUGUAUUGAGUGUGCGAGGUGGCGCGUCUAGACUAGUAAACAGCAUUGUACAUUUUUCAUGUUGUAAUUGUAAUUGCAUCAUAUUGUAAGAAAUGAUAUUUUUAUAUUGUUUAAAAUGAAAUACACAACUGUUAUCGAUGCAAACUUUUUGUAUAUCCAAAGAUUGUUCUAAUAGAAUAUAGUAUCUAUAAUCCAAAUGGUGCUAACCUAUAAACAUUGGCGAUCGGUCGUAUCAAGCAGUUCGUAUCGGUGUCCUGAACACCGCGCGAGACACGCGAGGCACUUCGUUAGAGAAUCUCGUGCAGGUUAACACUACUAUUUGUAUUAUAGGAUAUUUGGGAACAUUAGGUGCACAAAUCAUUUACUGAUUGCAAAAGUAUUUUUAUAUAAAUGAAUUUAUUACUUAGAACCUUAAUGUAGUGUUAUUAACCAGACAACUAUCAUUUUCCAUUAUUCAUGCGUAGGCACUACUAGAUAUCGAGUAACAAUUAGAUAGCAUAAUACAUUUAAUCUGACCUGGAUUCUAAAAAACAUGUGUUGUAGCCAGUUGGUUGCGACGUCUACUUGCUAAUAUAGUAAGAACAAAUUUAGAACAAAAUUAAUUAAGAUGUAAUACUUGUUUACAAAUAUAAUAAUAUAAUUACAAUUAUAUAACAUAAUUCAGUCUUAUCAAUAAAGUAUUUAAUAUGUUAUAAACUGCCUAUUGAAUACAUGCUUAAUACUCGUUUCAGGAGUUGCCGUAUUAAAUGAAAAACAUAAUGUUAUCAAGUUACUCGUAUCAUUUAAAUGAAUAUAUGAUAUCGUUAUCAAAACAGUAAAAUGUGAAUAAUAUUAUCAGGAAAUCCUAAAAUUUAACAAUUGUAUUAGAAUUGGAAAGGUACGUACCUCAUACUUGGGCAGGUAGCGCGAAGAACCUUUGACGUGACGUUUGCGAACAAAAAACAGUAAAUCGUCGCAGUCGAUAGACUGUUCCUCUUGAAACAGGAAGUGGCGUACAAAUAGAUCUGUCCAGUACGUCGUGCCCUGCAGGACCACGAAACCUGAGUCUGCAAUAUAAUACAUGUGUACUUCAUAUUCAUUCUUGAAAUAAGCAUUUAUCAAUAUGUUCAACGUUAAAGCAGUUCGUUUUCGUUGUUAUUAUUCAUAAAAUGCACGUUUAUUAAUCCAGACGUAUAAGAUAAUCACAGCAAUAGUUAAUUUAUUUUUAAGAGUAAGAAUCCAUGGUCAUACAAAACAAAGUGCCUUCGAAGAAAAUUUAAAUAAAUCUUGAUCUAAACUUAAAACAAUGGCUUAGAUAUAAUUUGCAUACACCGUUGUAUCGAAAGUCGUUUGUAGUUUUUUUUCCUAUGAAUAUUAAAUAUUUGGCUAUCGCUUCAUAUUCCUAUGUAUAAUUUAAUCUCGUAAACAAAUUAAAAGGAACAAUUGCGAAAACUUAUUUUACUUAUAAUUGAUAUGUGAUAGAUGCUAGUUUUAAAAAUGUAUUUAAAUAUAGUUAUAUUACUGCAGUGUCGAUAUAAUUAUUAUAGAAAAAUUGCCAAGGCUCGAUGUUAAACUUGCAUAAUGCUACGAUUAUUUAUUGAAUUUAAUGUAAGCUUUCGUUUCGGCCUGAUAACAGUCACCGAUUGUAUAAUAUAGUAAGAAACCAUAAUAUUAUGUUAUGUUGGAGAUUCGGGAUACUCUUGCAUAUCUGUUGUAAAAUAUUUUCAAAGUUUUACAUUAUAAACUAUGUAUUAUAUUUAUUUGUUAAUUUAUUGUUUGUUACAAUCUAUGGUAGGAUAUUAAGACUAAUAUUGAGGUGAUAUUAAACUCAGUUAAAUGAAAUAAAAUGAAUAUAUCACCAGGAAAGAAAAAAGUUGUACUAUAUCUUACUAGAGGUUCUCGGAAACGAGAUGCGUUUACUAACACAUUCCGAAACCGCAAAUUAAACUAUCGGUAUUCAAUUAAAAAUCGGCCAAGCAGUCCCUUGAAUGAAUGUGUGUUCUUAAAAAGUAGUAGUAAUAUAAGAAAAAAAAAAAAAAAAACAUUAUUGUACAUGUUAUUAUAUAUUUGAAAAGAAAUAAAUAAAGGAAUUGUGGAGACAGUCUUAUGAAAAUAUUGCAAAAUUUCACCAAAGCCAUUACAAAACCCCAACGUAUUUAUAACACUGAAGUUUGAUCGAUGUCUGUUAGUGAGUAUAAUAAAUGACAGUUUGUACCAUUGCUGUUGUAAUUCAAAGUUCAAUAAAUGUCUUUUCUAAA